CCGCAGACGACCAAUAUUUGGUGUAGUGUAUUUAAUAAGUGCAAAGACGACAGACAAACAUUUUCUACACUCCACAAUGUUGUUUAAAUCAAUUAUACCGCUGGCCAUUUGUGCGCUCACCUUCAGGCCAUUUUUGGCAACCGCAUCAACGGACGAAUCAGCAAAGCCGGCCGAUGAGAAACAAUUCGCCGUUGAACUCGAUCCGGAAACAUUCGACGAGGCAAUCGGAGCCGGCAAUGUCUUUGUGAAAUUUUUUGCGCCAUGGUGUGGCCAUUGCAAGCGUCUGCACCCGCUGUGGGAGCAGCUGGCUGAGAUCAUGAACAUCGAUGAGCCAAAGGUGACCAUUGCCAAGGUGGACUGCACCAAGCACCAGACGCUGUGCGCCGACCAUCAGGUGACCGGCUAUCCGACGCUGCGUCUCUUCAAGCUGGGCGAAAAGGAGUCCGUCAAAUUCAAGGGCACGAGGGAUCUGCCUGCCAUUACGGAUUUCAUUAACCAGGAGCUGAAUACACCAGCCGAGGAGGACCUGAGUGAGCAGCAGCUGCAAGAGGGCGGUGACAAGAAUCCCAAUUUGGGCAAGGUCGUUGACCUGACCGAGGACACGUUUGCCAAGCAUGUGUCCAGCGGCAAUCACUUUGUCAAGUUCUUUGCACCCUGGUGCAGCCAUUGCCAGCGCCUGGCUCCCACCUGGGAGGAGCUGGCCACAGAGCUGAUCAAGGAGCCGGAUGUAACGAUUUCGAAAAUCGAUUGCACACAAUAUCGCAGCAUCUGCCAGGACUUUGAGGUCAAGGGCUACCCCACGCUUCUCUGGAUCGAGGAUGGCAAAAAGAUUGAGAAAUAUGCCGGCUCCCGUGACCUGACCACGCUGAAGAGCUACGUGGAGAAGAUGAUCGGUGCUCCCAGCACCAACAACAACGACCUGGACGAUGCGACCAAAGAAGCGCAAGAUGAGGCCAAGAAGCAAACAGUGCAGCAGCUAAAUGGCAGCGAGGAGUUCGAGAAGGCCAUCGCUGAUGGCAUUGCCUUCGUCAAGUUCUAUGCGCCGUGGUGCGGACAUUGCCAGAAGCUGCAGCCCACCUGGGAGCAGCUGGCCACAGAGACGGUAGGCAUUGUGAUUGCCAAGGUCGAUUGCACCUCGCCGGACAACAAGGAGAUCUGCGUCGACCAGCAGGUCGAGGGCUAUCCGACCCUCUUCCUCUACAAGAACGGCAAGCGUCAAAACGAGUACGAGGGCAGUCGCUCGCUGCCGGAGCUGCAGGCGUACGUCAAGAAGUUCAUUGGCCACGACGAGCUGUAAGCUGUACAUCAGCAUGAACGCCAAAACCAGCUCCAACACCAAUACCAACACCAACAUCAUCUACAUCAAAUGGUGAACAAAUCCAGAUACGGAAUCACAUGCGAAUGUUAUAAACAAAAUGGAAUGCAGUUGCAGCCUCUGUGAGGGAAGUGUAGUCAUCCAUUUAGACAAAAAGAAAGAUAGAAAGAACAUAAAUCAACCAGAAAUAAUAAUUAUAAAAUCUAAUUAAAA